CUAGUUAUGAUGUAAUCUCUUGCACUCCCUCUCUCACUCUCUCUCUCUCCCCUGCACAGCCAGCCCCCUCCCAUUUCUCUCUUUCCCUCUCUCUCCUGUUUCCCCACCUCUUUCUCUGUCUUUCUCUCCUAUCCUAACCAACAUGGCCGCUAAGUCGGAUGGAGCAGCGGUGUCUGUGGAAGAUGACAACACGCCCAGGAGCCUCUCGGAGACGGGGAACCCCGCCGCCCGGCCCCGCUGCACCGCCGCCGGCGGGAAACCCUACACCCUGCUGGACUGCUGCUGGGUGCUAUGCGCCCUGCUCGUCUUUUUCUCCGACGGCGCGACCGACCUGUGGCUGGCCGCCGACUACUACGUGAAAGGCGACUACUGGUGGUUCGGCUUGACGCUCGUCUUUGUCGUGGUGCCCUCCGCCGUCGUCCAGGUGUUGAGUUUCAGGUGGUUCGUGUACGACUACUCGGAGCUGAGCGGCGGGGAAGGAGGAGGAGGAGGAGCAGCGAGCGGCAGCGGGACCGGCUCGGCGGCUGCGGCGGCGUCAGGCGCGGCAGGAGGAGCAGCCCCGGCAGGCGACAACACUUUAAGCACCAAGGACAGCGACCAGCGCGGUGAGAGCGCGGCGACGGGGAACGCUGCGAACGCUACCCCGGUGUACACGUCCAAUGCCUCGGCUGCGACUGCUGGGAGAGUCGUGGCCCCACGGAGGUGCUGCACCGUCUGCAUGUGGGUCUUUCAAACCGUGCUCCACGUCCUGCAGCUGGGGCAAGUCUGGAGAUACAUCCAUGCCCUCUACCUGGGCGCCCAGAGCCGCUGGCGCAGCAACGGCCCUCGCCGCCACUUCCACUGGCGGCUGAUGUUUGAGAGCGCUGACAUCACCAUGCUCCGCCUCCUGGAGGCCUUCCUGAAGUCGGCUCCACAGCUCGUCCUGCAGCUGAGCAUCAUGAUCCACGGAAAUAACGUCCUCCCUCUGCAAGGACUCUCGGCCUCGGCCUCCCUGGUCUCUCUGGCCUGGAUGAUCGCCUCCUACCAGAAGGUCCUCCGGGACUCCCGUGACGACAAGCUGCCCAUGUCCUACAAGGCCGUAAUCGCCCAGAUGCUUUGGCACUUCUUCACUAUCGGAGCGAGGACCGUGGCCUUUGCCCUCUUCGCUUCCGUCUUCCAGCUGUACUUUGGCAUAUUCAUCGUCAGCCACUGGUGUGUGAUGACCUUUUGGAUUAUUCAAGGUGAGACUGACUUCUGCAUGUCCAAGUGGGAGGAGAUCAUCUACAACAUGGUGGUGGGGAUCAUUUACAUCUUCUGCUGGUUCAAUGUCAAGGAGGGCCCCAGCCGCUUCCGUAUGACGGUCUACUACUCUGUGACACUGGCAGAAAACGUGGCACUGACCGCCGCCUGGUACACCUACCGCGGCCCACACACCUCUGACUCGUAUGCCCUCGUUGUGGUGUGCCUGGUGGCCUGCAGCUUUGCCCUGGGAACCUUCUUCAUGUUGGUGUACUACUGCUGGCUGCACCCAGACGGGCCUGUUCUAGGCUCACAGUGGGGAGGAUGUGUGGAUGAGGGUGUUGUGGGUACAGGAGGAGUGGCAGGAGUGAUUGAUGCUUGCCUCACUCCUUCCCAAGGGUCCCAAACGGACAUGGUCAUUACCAGUCCUCCGAGGACUCUGCCCAGGACUAAAGAUACAGGGGAGCCAGUGCCUGGGGAGCGAGAAAGGGACAGGGACAGGGACAGUUGCUUGCCUGUCUUCCAGGUUCGUCCCUCCCCGUCAUCCUCUCCUGCACUCCUUCAUAGGACCUCCUCCACCUCCCGUGCACUGGAGGGCCCUGUGAUCCGGAUUGACCUCCCAAGAAAGCGAUACCCGGCCUGGGAUGCACACUUCAUUGAUCGCCGCCUCCGCAAGACCAUCCUGCUUCUGGAGACCACAUCUGCUGUCAGCCCCCGGAUACAGUACAGGAGUAGCAUGAUGGGCAGCAAAGAGGUGUUAGAAUAUGAGACAACUGUCUGAGCCAUUGGGGGCUCUUAAACUUGAAAGUGCAGUCUGGGACCAAGGCUCAGCCUGAGAUCAGCUCUCAUCCCAGGACUACCUUCACCAAGAGAAGCAUGAAAAGAAGACACAGAGUGUCAAGCAGCUCUUCUGAAAAAAGAGGUUGCCAAAAAUUGAUUGUAAAAUGUGAAGCGCAAUCUGGGACCAAAGCAGUCCAGGAGUAAGUAGCAUGAAUGAGCCGUGAGACGUUAAUGGAGUAAUACUGAACUGGGAUAAUCUUCAUUCGUUUUCUAAAAGCUUGGGGGUGGGAAAUUUAAUCCCUCAUCCUGGGACCAAGGACUGUUAGAUUUUGUUUCAUCCUGCACGAUCAGCCCAAGAAGUAAACAGAUUUGUGAGAUAUUGAGUUGAGGAGUUUGAGAUAAUGAACAGUCUCCUGCAUGAACUUGAGCCUCGGAUCUCAGAGACACAACAGAGACUUACUGGGUGAUGUUUGAGAAACUGGUGGCAAGAGUAUGCAUGGGACAUGCAGUCAUUUUGGUUCGGUUGCAAAAUUAGACUUUGUCGUAAAAAAGAGGACUCGAUAUCCAGUAUACAGGUUUAUAGAUCUAUUGAUUUACCAGUCGACAUGAGCCAAGACAUCUAUCAAAAUGUUAUAAUAUAGAUACAAUACAUUGCUACUAAAUUGAGCCUCCAAAUCACCAAUUCAUCGCUAACUUGGUAUGCUUCAUAUUGAGAGAAACACAGUAAGGAAUGCAUAAUGAGGACGAUAUGAAUGGUAGGAGAUGUGUUUGUCUGAUCAUGUUUCCAGAAGGUUGCAUGUCCCUCAUAAUCAUUUGGUAACCAUCCUCUAAGCAUUCUGUCUGUGGUGCUCAAAGGGACAUAUAGUCUUGCGCUGUGCUGGGCUCCAAUCUGAGAUUCAGGCUCACAACUUGGUGUAGAUUCAGAUGGUUUCAAAAAAUAUAGGCUGAGGAGUGAUAACAAGUCACCCAUCCAUAUGUGUCAGACAAGCAGCCAUGGCAAAAGUCUCACUGUUUACGUCACAGCUGCACUGUCACUCCCAACCAGAAAAAGGACUUUAGAUGUAAAGCGGACGACUUCUGCAAUGGCUACCGCCGUACGGCCGUAACUCACCACAAAUACGCCAGAAAUGUACAAAUGUCAGAUAUAAGCUGUUAUAAUAAGCUGUAGUUAGGCAAAGGAUGACUUUUGAUGGAAGAAGCUUCAUUUACUCAUAAGAGUCUAAAUGUCAUCCAGCUUUUAUUUGGAAUUCAUAACAUGUAGGAUAUGAGGGAAGUGAAAAGCAAACUCGUUGUGUUAUAAAAUAAUUUUGCUGGGUUGGGAUUUGUGGAGAACAGUGUCUACUAAAUACAUUUGAAAAGCAGUGAAUGGAAGAAACAAAAUAUAUGCUCAAAGCAAAUAGUCGAAAAUGCAAAGUACCAUGAUGUUUUUGCAGACUAGAUAGAUAGCAUUAGGUGCUGUUUUUCUAUUUCUUUCUUUUUUUUAAAUUACAUAUACAAUGUUAAAAAUAGUUUGAAUCUAGUGAAAGGUAGUGUUGUUUACAAAAUGAAACCAUCUACAGGCCUUGAUUUAAGCAACCUUUUGUCAGAUUUAAAUUCUCAUCUCUGGACUGAAGGGAAAGAAGCUAAUGAAAUGGUAAGCUCUGAUGUGAAAACAUUGUUGCGCCUUGAAACUGUUGAUGUGAUGCCCUGAAGCAAAGAAGCCACUGCUUGUAAGCAGUAAGCAGCUUCGGAGGUCAAGUUUGAACGCAGCAGCUCCCAGGUGUGAACUGGUGUUACUUUCAAUUAGAAGCCGCUGAAUGCUGAAUAACUCAAGCACGGUCAGCAAAACCACCUGGAGGAAGAACGGCUAACAAAAACACUAGCAUCAAAGCUAACUUCUGUCGUCUCUCGUAACACACAACACAUUUCUCUUCAGCAGUCUCUCUUUGAAGUUCUUAUCACAUCUUCUAAAAACCUUUAGGGUUAGUCUUUACAUUUGAUUUGUUACAAAGUGGUAGUCCUUUAUGUCCAUCUGAGAAAAAUUGAAACCUACGCUGUGAUUUGUUUUAAGGAUUUGUUUUAAGGACCCGAAUGCGUUUCAUUUUAAUGUAUUUUAAUGCAUUUACCUAAAACAGCAUCAUGUGACCCAGAUGCAUUUUAAAGCGCAUGUUCAUGAAGAUGCAUUUGGUACACUGUGAAGGGAUAAACAAUGUGGGUCCAUAGUGUGUGCUUUUUGCUUCUGGAAUGGUUUAGUAGUCUUUGUUUGAUGUUCGAGCGUUUAGAAGAUGCCAGGGGGUCGCCCAUUCAUGGAUGACUGAGACGAGCACAAAAACCAACAUGAUGGCACAGCUGAGAUGCUUAUUAAAUGUAAACUUGUGCCAAAUUUCUUCAGUUCUAGUCGCUCAAUAAGCGGACUAGACGGAAAAUAAGAAAUAAGAGCAACUCCUGACAUGUGAUUUAGUUUGCAUGUAGGCUGAAAGCGUGUGUUUUAUUUUUUUUUUACUUUUAGAGCAGUUCCCAUCUGCUGCCACCUGGUACCAACACAACAUUUUGUUGCUGCAGUAUCCAAUGUGGCAAUAAUUAAUUCAAGUACUGAAAGUAAUUACGACGGAAACAUUUCUGGUAUGUGGAGAACUUGACGUCAGCGGGUAGACCAAGACACCAAGAGCAGCAAAUACUUGCUUUUUAACAAUGCUGAUUGUGGCAAAUCAGAGUUCAAUGAUCCACAUCACAAUCCCGAAUAUCUUUCUCUGUAGUAAUCACUGACUGUAUAUAAAGACUGAAAAACUCUUUUUAACCAAUAGAUUUCCUCCAAAGCCGCUUUGGAGCUUAGUGUAGUGUCUCCAGCCGUCGCCACUUGGGCAGUGCCUGACUGCUCCUAAUUCCAGACUAAUUUGAAAAUGGUCAGGUGGAAGGCAAGUUGAGAUGGACCGACGCCUAUGGAGACAGCAGCAACCUGUGAGGGCAUCCGACUGUCACUCAAAUCAGCCAUGCCCUAAUUGUUCUCAUCUUUAAGCCUUUAUAUAAUUUAAAUUCUGUUAAUUGUGAAUUGUGUAACAGGCCGUAAAUGUUUAUUUCGGCUUGUCAUUUUAGCAUAAAGGUUUACGGAGGCUGACCCGCUCUCGGAGCCAGCCUCAAGAGGACAUUAGAGGGACAGAGUUUUUGGGCCUUUCAGGUUUGCUUCAAUUUUUUUAAGCCAGGAGGUUGCUGCUUGAAAGAAAAAAGUACGGGCAGCACAUAUCAAGACAGAAUAUAUGAGGCAUCAUGUCAAUGCAAGAGCUCCUCAGUAUUGCUGCUGCUACUUGUACGUCACUGACUGCAACAUUUGCAUCUUGCGUUGUGCCAGACAUUUGGAGGAAUCAGAGUACACGUGGAGUCGCCGUCAUCCAAACUAUACUUUAAGAAAUGAAACGUUGGAUUAACUUAAUCUAGUUAGGGCAACUGGUCCUACAAGUCAUGGUUGUUUGAGUAUGGAACAUAGUACGCAGUUAAUCGUAACAGCGUGGUUUAAGCUAAUCUGAUCAAACUGUGUAAAGAAAAUGAGAAGUUGAAGUUGAAUUCACAUCUAAAAUAAAAUUUGCUAAUGCCUAGUUAAAGCACCGUGAUUGGGCUGAAUUUACUCAGCACGAUGACACAUCUCUCUUUGAACUCAGCAGUGACAUGGCAAUGAAGUAUUCCUCACAUGUUUCAAAGCUGCUUCUCUAACCACUGCGCCACAGCUCCCCCAUGACAUUAGCAUUAUAAUGACUGGCAUGUGAGACAAGAAUAUUAAACAACGCACAUGCAGGUAUGGGAAACUCUCACAAUACCAUGUUAAUGCUAUUUCAACUGUCCAAAAUGAAGUAAUGGUAGUAUUUAGCCACAAAACAGUUAUUUAAUUCAGCAACACCAGUGUUUCAUUUCUUAGAAGUAAGUGCUCUGACCCUGACGUGGCUUGUGCUUGUUUGUGGGUCUCCUCUACUGGGAAACUGAACCGCUGGCUCCAAAGAUUCAGGAAUGCGAGACCUGGUACUGAUACAGUUUUCUUAUCCAGUCAGACAGUGUGGUUGAGGUCCUGCCUGAACGUGUGGAUGCUGGAACAGGUGGUAACGGUCACGGCGAUGUUAAUGGUGCUGAAAACAAUGACUCUCACGUCACAUGUGACCACGUCACGUUGAACACGAUAGGCCAAUGUACAGAUGAUGCAUACGUCAACCACCCAACUGCGGGGCGAGAGAGCGUGGCUUCGCUCCCUCUCAUCGGGUAAUGAAUUGUCCUUUGUCGUUAAGGUAAAAUAACAGUUAAUAGUGGUGCGCUGAUUAUAUAUCGACUUGAACAAAAACAUGUUAAAAAAAAACAGCGAGUUUAAAAACUCCAGUCAUCUUUUAUUAAUUAAUGCAAGUAUUUAUGUUUAUUUAUUUUUGUAUUUGUUUUAUAUCUAUUUAUCUAUUGUUUACUCACUCAGUGGUCUUUGGUAUGACUCUUAUAUUAAGAUGUAAAAACCGAAAAUAGAUUUUUUUUUUUACUCAUUCUAUAUAUCUGUAUAUAUCAGAGUGACGCUAUUCUAGGACGUGUGUGUGUAUGAGUAUGUGUGCUUUGGUUUGUAUGUGUAUAUUGUAUGUACAGUAUGUAUGUAAGGAUGUGCUCUAAGAACUUUUUUUUUUUUUUUGAUAAUGCUGCUUAAACAUCCUCUGAGUGAACGAGCAGAAAAAUAAACCAGUGGUGAUAAUAUCUAUGAUGAUGUUUAAAAAAAAAAAAAGGAAAAAAAAAAGAACUCAACAAGCUGUGCUGAUAACUGUAGAUGGGAUCAAUACUGUAGUAAACAUGGCUGUUCAGCCAUUAAAAUAAACUCCCUGACUGUG